UGCUUCCGUCACAUCAUGGCGACGCGCGGAGCCGAGGCAGCGCGCGGCGGCGGCAGCACCAGCACCAGCAGCACAAGCCGUGCGGCGGGGGCGGGACCUGGGCUAAGGCCGGGCCGACGCGAGGCAGCCGCAGUUGGCGCGGGGCCGCCCAGCAGCGCGGAGUUUGUGAUUGAUGCCAUGGAAGAAGCUGGAUUUUGCGAGACUGCCGUGAGUACCCAGGUUCAGUUGGUGAAUAGCAAAUGUGCUGAAUCUGAUUCAACUUUACAGCAUCCACAGUCUAAUUGUGAUGGCAUGGAAAGCACAGGUGCAUUGGAAGAGGAAGACUAUAUCCCUAAGAAUGGGAAGCUAUUGGGAUCAACAUGCUGUACUCGAGAAGUACGUGAGGAGACCCCUGGAAGAGAAGAAGCCCGUACUGACCCACCUGAUGGCCAACAAGAUCCAGAGAGUGACAAAAACAAAGAAAAAACCUUAGGAAAAGAAGUGCUAUUAUUGAUGCAAGCCUUGAACACGCUUUCUACUCCAGAAGAAAAGUUGGCAGCUCUCUGCAAGAAAUGUGCUGAUCUUUUGGAGGAAAGCCGGAAUGUCCAAAAGCAGAUGAAGAUACUUCAGAAGAAACAAGCCCAGGUUGUGAAAGAGAAAGUUCAUUUGCAGAGUGAGCAUAGCAAAGCUAUUCUUGCACGCAGCAAACUGGAAUCUCUUUGCCGGGAGCUUCAGCGUCAUAACAAGACUUUAAAGGAAGAAAACGUGCAGCAAGCACGUGAAGAAGAAGAAAGACGUAAAGAAGCAACUGCACAUUUCCAGAUUACACUGAAUGAAAUUCAGGCUCAGCUGGAACAGCAUGAUAUACACAAUGCCAAGCUCCGCCAAGAAAAUAUUGAACUGGGGGAAAAACUGAAAAAACUCAUUGAACAGUAUGCGUUGCGGGAAGAGCAUAUUGACAAAGUGUUCAAGCAUAAAGAAUUGCAGCAACAACUAGUAGAUGCCAAACUGCAGCAAACCACACAGCUUAUAAAAGAAGCUGAGGAAAAACAUCAGCGCGAGAGAGAAUUUCUUUUAAAAGAAGCUACUGAGUCCAGGCAUAAAUGUGAGCAGAUGAAGCAGCAGGAAGCCCAGCUAAAACAGCAGCUCUCUCUCUACAUGGAUAAGUUUGAAGAAUUCCAGACCACCAUGGCAAAAAGUAAUGAACUUUUUACAACUUUUAGACAAGAAAUGGAAAAGAUGACCAAGAAGAUUAAAAAACUGGAAAAGGAGACAAUAGUAUGGCGUACAAAAUGGGAAAACAACAACAAAGCUCUUCUACAAAUGGCUGAAGAGAAAACAGUAAGAGACAAAGAUUACAAAGGCUUUCAAAUAAAGCUGGAGCGUUUGGAGAAGUUAUGCAGGGCUCUCCAGACAGAGAGAAAUGAGCUGAAUGAGAAGGUGGAAGUCCUUAAGGAACAGGUUUUGGUAAGAGAUGCAGAUGUGGAUCUAGCAGUGCAGGUGUUUCAGUCAUGCACACUCAGUUCCCAGGAGGAGCUGGGAACUUGCACUGACACAGAACCAGAAGUCCAGCCAGAUGCUGAAUCGAGUGCAGCAGUUGAAGGACAUGUCCCUGAAAAGACUGUCUCCACGAGUCCUGUUCCUGGCACUGAUUCUGUUGACUAAAAUGAAGUGUAAACACUGUAUUGAGAGAUAUAUUUUGUGUAUAACUUUCUCUGGUGGUGGUAACUAUUGGUUUUGUGGUGAAAAUUUUCUUACUUUUUCUACCAUAUCUGUAUUUUCUUAGAACUACUGGACUUAUGUGGUACAGGAAGCUGCAUAGCAGCUUUGAAUAGCUUAAUCUAUAAAUUUCCCACAACUGUGUUGCACAUCUGCCUCAUUUUUAAAAAAAUAUUUUUCCAUAAAGAAUGCAUGUGUGUUUUUUCCCCUACAACACAAAAAAUAUCACUGUCAACUAAGACUUGUGUACAGAUUUAACAUAGCUUCAGGGGGAAAAGUGACAGGAGUGUCACUUCCUUGAUUUGAAAAAUAACAUUUUGCUUCUGUUAACUGAGCUUGAGGCUUGGUAUAUACUAAUAUUAUUACCAAAUUCAGUAAACUGUCUACAUCCAUUCAUAUAAUGGCCAGUAGCAAACUUCAGCUUUCUCCCCUGGUAUUUUCAUAUAUGUGAGUAUAUAUGAAAAUAAGGAUCCAGAAUGUGGUCAAAAUAUUUUACAGGGUUUUAGUGUUAACUGUGGCAUGACAACAACAGCUUUGAAAUAUCUAUAUUUUAAUUUGCAGUUGGUAAAACAGGGUGUACAACUAUUUUGCAGAUUUCUCAGGGUUGUGCUGUAAGGUCAGUUCAAGGCCCUAUUUGUGAAUUUAAACCUAUGAAGAAAAUAUGUGGAAUAAGUAUUACAAAACUGCAGAAUUUUGUUCAGUAAUGCUAAUUAUGCAUAAGACUUGGUUAUAUCUGCCCUCCUGACAUAAGGCCUUGGCCCUUGGUGAGUCCAAGCAAGAUUUGUUUCCAAUGAGAGAAGUUGCAUUGAUAUAAUCUGGAUACUUGUUAACCAAAGGGUAUCUGCAAAUUUGUGGACAGUGUUGAUGUUGACUACAUCUGGGGCAUGUCUACAUGAAACACAGUUGCCAAAUAAUACUGCACAGUAGCACGUCACAGCACUAAGUGAUAAUACACUACUGUGUGUUAUUAUUAGGCUACUGCACAGUAUCGUCACUUAGAAGGCAGUUACUGGCGCUACUGCACAGUAACCACUGCACAUUACCGUCUCGUGUAGACGCACCCCCGUGUAAGUUUUUGGUUUGAAUGUUCCUCACUUAGCACUGUAUGCAGAAUAUAAUAAUUAGUAGACAAUGCUGGUAACUGACCAUGUGUAUUCAAAUAUUCCUUUCCCCGAGUAAAACAUUUAUCGUGUUGGACCCUCAGCCAAGGAACUCUAGUCAGCAGAUCGUGCCUUCUUGGUGCCUAGGAUGACUUGGUGAAGUCUGGUUCUUUAAAACUUCCAUCUAAAGCUAAACAUGCCACAAGCAGAGGGGAGGUUUUGGGGGGGAACGGGGGUGGGGAAGGAGGUUUCUUUUAAAAAAAAUUUUAAUAGACUGCAGUUAUGAGCCUUAUGAGUUUUAACAUUGAAAAUGUGGAUAUCAGAAAUUUUAAGGGAGCAGUUUUCUAAGACAACUUGGGACCAACACAUUCUUGGCACAGCAGGCAAUGUGUUAAGUAACCACCAGCUACUGUUAACUUUAAUCCAUCUAUGAUUGCUUUCUUGUUUCAGUUGCUGUCUUGUAAUUCUUUAAAAAGAAAAAAAAGUGUGUAGCCUUUUCUGGUACUCAAAAUGUUCUUUGCACUUACUUGAGUGGGGGUUUCUGAACCAAGCACGUAUCUUUCCAUGAGCUUCCCCCUUGUUCUUUUUGACAGUUUAUUGGCUAAAUUACUUGAAUGUUCAGGCUGCACUGAGCUCUUGACCCUUUUCCUGAUGUAAUGUACAUUGAAAUAAUGUAGAUGUCUCCUUAACAGAGUGAGGUUUUAUAAGGUGUGAUGAUAAAUGUUUUAGCUCGUACCACUGAACAAAAUGGUAUCAAACUGACAUUUUAAAAAUUGUGUAGCAGAUGAGUAGCCUAAAUAGAGAACAGGCUGUUUGGGGGGGCUGGUGGGGGUGGGAUUUAGGGGUCCCCCCUCCCACUCCCAUAUUUGCACAGCCUGUCUUUGGUCACGGUGCAGUAAUGAAAAGAAGGUAGAAGGGAGCAGUCAGCAAGGUUGGAUUCGAAGCUAACCAAAGCUAAACACUAAUCACGUAAUCGCCACGUGGCAACAAAAAUGCUGUAAAAGAAAUAUCCUUUCAGAGUUCCUUUGACAAAACGUGUCUGUUGUGGAGUCGAGAACGAUCUAGUAAGUUUUAGUUAGUGCCAAAAGAGACCUUUAGCUAACAAACUACAUGAGCAUGAAACAAUUUUCUUGAGGGCAAGUGAAAAUCUCAAUGUAUUAAAUUACAGCACAACAUAUGCUUGGCAAAGCAGAUACAGAUUUUGCCAGUAAAAUGGGAAGUGCAGUUUUCUGUUUUUCACAAUGUAUUAUUUGGUCGCUUGUAUCUAUAACCACAACUCUUUGUACCGUGCUUGUGCAGUGCUCUUUAUAUAGGCAAAAGUAAACUGUGGACCCUGUUGCAAGUAUCAUUUUUUAAAAGGGCUUGACAAAUCUCAGAUGAAUGGAACAGCAAUACAAAUACAGGAUAGUUACUGACUUGAUUUGCAAAUGAAGCAAAAUGCCACCAGAAAAAUGCUUUUAAGAAUCUGAGAUGUUUUUCCAUCUGUCUCACCCAGAAGAUUCCCACAUUGUGACAACCUUCCUUCUGGCCAAGGUGGGCUAGAUUCUGCUUCCUGAGACCAGAUAAAAUCAUUCCAUGCAUUAGCCAAAGGGUUGUUGCUAUAAAGAAGGCAAGGAAUAAUCCCAGCACUCGAAACUCUGAUCUGCCAUACAGCAGGCUAUUGCACUGCCACUCUGCAGCCAGAUUGGUUCCAGGAGGGGUUUGGGUAAACGCGUAUAUUGCCUUUCUUCCUCUACCAUAAAUUAUUCUAAUCUGGACUGUAAAUGUAUGUAGCCUCUGAUGUAUACACCUACUUAAUCAGGCACUGGACUCUUGAUCAUUUUACUCCCAUUAAACCUGCAGAAAAAGAAAAUUUUAAAAUUUGUGUGUUGCAAGACCCAAACAUGUAAUAAUGUACACAUUGACUUUAGGGCUGUAUCUCCAAUCUGUGUUGUCCUUCCUUUAUUUCACUUACACCUGGUUAUGUUACAGUUCAAUUCUCAGGUGUUGCAGAAAAUCUACCUCUUCAGACUGUAGAUGGAAAUAACUGUGAAAAAAGUGAUGCAGAAAUCUAGUUUGUGCUAAACACACUGCUUUAUUUUUACAACCCAUGUCUGCUUUCAUGAGGAAAAAAUUGAUAAAUGAACAGGCAGUCUUGUUUUGCUUUUCAAAAACAUUUUGUAGAGAUUUUUCACUAAUGUGAAUCUGAAAUUUUAUCUACUCAAUUCUGUAUAGAUUAAGUAAAUAUGUAUGCUUAAUA